AAUCAAAUCGACCCUAUACCAAGUUUAAGCUAAAAGAAGUAUGCGCAUUCAUAAUACAUCCUACUAUACAUGUAUAAUAUACUAUUGAUGAAUUAAUAUUGUUUUCAAUUUGAUCCGUUUGUAUAUAUAUAUAGAAAACCACUAAAGAUGCUGGUGAUCCUACUGGAUACUUUCUGUCUCUACUGAGACGAGACGAAUGUAUUCACAUUACACCAGAACCCAGUAUAGGAAAAUCACAACACAACCCUAUGGAACAGUCGUUAGGAAAUGUACAACCGAUAGAACAGACACGUACAAAAAAUUCUCAUCUAGACAGCUGCCUUUCGAAUGUGGAAGAAGAAGAGGACAACACAUCCCUCAGCGCAACAUCCGGGGAAUAUGUUCUUGGUGACGACGAAGACCGGUGUAAACAUUUGUUGGAAAUCGGAGAUAAUAUGCGGUUGACUUCUAACAAAAGUGGUAUGUACAGUGAGGAUUCUACAGGAUAUUACACCGACCUGCUUACACUUAACAGCUCUGUGGACGGAAACACAUCAUCAGAUACCUUACUGUUCCAGCCAGUCAGACUACCAGUGCUUCAAACAUCACCUAUUAGACACGGACGGUGGGCGCAAUUGACGACAAGGGAAGGCGAACAUAUCUUCAACGACCCAAUAAAUCCUCGAACCAAGCCAAAUGUAACAGACGAUGGCUACGCCUCAAAUGGAUAUUUCAGUUCUCUCGAUAAGAACUCCUCCACAACCCAAGACCAAUACGGAAUAGCUGGCUUACAAAACACUGUAUUUGACAAUACAGCAAGUUCUUUCGUAGACAGAGAUGUAAGUACAUUUCAUGUAUACAUUGCCCAGUGUUGCUAA